GACGUUGAGGAACAUUUGAAAUGAUGCACAGAGGGCCUGUGUAAGUGGCAUGAGCACCAAAGACCUCCCGGCCCUCCUCCCGCUGGCAUCCGCUGCCGCAACUGUGACCGGAUCAGCCGCGUCUCCGCGGAUCAUGUGAUCGCGGGUGUCUCGUGACCCGGAGGGAGCGGACCUGCGAGAUGGUGUGUAGCCGGUGGUUGGUGCUCUUGUUCCUCGGCUCGGUUGCUGCCCUGAGUCCCCGAGAGACGCCGUCCCGAGAACUGAAAGAACUGGGCGGACUCUGGAGUUUCCGAGCCGAUCGGUCCUCGGGCCGGAACCAGGGAUUCGAGGAGAAAUGGUACCAGCGACCCCUGAGAGAGACAGGGCCAGUGAUCGACAUGCCUGUUCCAGCAAGUUACAAUGACAUCACACAGGAUCCCAGGUUAAGGAACUUCAUUGGCUGGGUUUGGUAUGAAAAAGAGGUUUGGGUUCCUCGAUGUUGGACUUCUGAUGCUGGGAAGAGGGUGGUACUCUAUGUUGGUAGUGCCAAUUACUUCUCUGUGGUUUGGGUGAACGGUAUUCAGGUUACCUUUCAUGAAGGUGGCCACCUUCCUUUUGAAGCUGACGUCACUAAAAUUAUGCAGAGUGCUGCAUCUCAGUAUAGAAUCACUAUAGCAGUAAACAACACACUUACUCCUUAUACUUUACCACCAGGGAAGAUUCAACACAUGUCAGAUACAAAAAGGUAUCCGCCUGGUUAUUUUGUGCAGAUCGUCCAAUUUGAUUUCUUCAAUUAUGCUGGGAUUCAUCGGCCUGUUCUGUUGUAUACUACACCUAGUGUCUACAUCGAUGACAUAACAGUUAUAACAGACAUCCAGGAUGAUACAGGAAUUAUAAAUUACCAACUGUCUGUUAGUGGAAGCGCACAUUUCUCAUUGACAGUGAAACUGUAUGAUCAGCGAGGACAGGUUGUUGCCUCUGCCACUGAUGUACCUUCAGCUGGCCAAUUCAAAUUGCAUAAUCCUAACCUAUGGUGGCCGCACCUUAUGCAUGAGAAUCCUGCAUACCUGUAUAGCCUUGAGGUGUAUAUGAAGAGUGAAAAUGGUGGCAUUUUGUAUGAAGAUUUUUAUACAUUACCAGUAGGAAUUCGCAAAGUCGAAGUUACCAAGACCCAGUUCCUUAUUAAUGGCAAGCCAUUCUAUUUCCAUGGAGUGAAUAAGCAUGACGAUUCUGAUAUUCGAGGGAAAGGACUUGACUGGCCAUUGAUUAUCAAGGACUUUAACCUUCUUCGAUGGCUGGGAGCAAAUUCAUUUCGUACAAGCCAUUAUCCCUAUGCAGAAGAAAUCAUGGAUUUAUGUGACAAAUAUGGGAUUGUGGUCAUAGAUGAGUGUCCAGGCGUGGGCAUCAGAAAUCCGGUGAGCUUUGGAAAUAAGUCCCUUACUCAUCAUUUAGCUGUAAUGAAAGAGCUGGUACACAGAGACAAAAACAGGCCAUCAGUGGUAAUGUGGUCUGUAGCUAAUGAACCAGCAUCUGGACUACCACCAGCAGAAUAUUACUUCAAGACUUUAAUUUCAUCAACAAAAGCUAUGGAUCCAACCAGGCCUGUUACUUUUAUAACAGACACUAGCUAUGAGGCCGACAAAGCUGUCCAAUACACAGAUGUUAUUUGUGUGAACAGCUAUCUUUCCUGGUACCAUGAUUCAGGCCAUCUGGAGAUCAUUCCAUUGCAACUUACCGAUCAGUUUGAGAAUUGGUAUAAAAAAUACCAGAAACCAAUUAUUCAGAGUGAAUAUGGAGCAGGUGCACUUCCGGAACUGCAUAGUGAUCCUCCUGUAAUGUUCACUGAAGAGUAUCAGCAAGCUUUAAUGCAGGAAUAUUUUAAAAUAUUUGAUGCAAAAAGGAAGGACUACUUAAUUGGAGAACUAAUUUGGAAUUUUGCCGACUUCAUGACUGACGAAAGCAUAAUACGUGUGGCUGGGAACAGGAAAGGGAUCUUCACUCGUCAGCGGCAACCUAAAACAGCAGCUUUCAUUCUUCGGGAUCGCUACUGGAAACUGGCAAAUGAAACCAGAUACAUUUCUCCAAGGUUCUGUCAAAACGAAGACCAUAACAUCUGUCAAAGGGAUGAAAAAAACUUUUGCACAGCCAAGUCAUAAUUUCAUCAACUCUAUUCCCCUGCAAAAUAGAUUGCUGUCUUCUGUACACUGGUUGAUCAUCCAAGUUGGUGCAGUCUUCCACUGAUUCUAUUAUGGUUAUUAUUCUAUUAUCGACUUUGUAAGUGUACCCACAAUAACAUGAAUCUUAGGGUUGUAUACGUGACAUA